AUUCUUCAGCGCACAAAAGUGUGUUUGCUCACGUUUCAGUACUUUUCGUGUGACGGUGGACGAAGAGGAUCUCUCCUCGGGCGAGACUCUGUUAUCAGCCCAGCUGCUGGAGCUGGAGCGCAAUGGAACUCAUCCGACCAAUACACUAAUCGCGCCAAGUGCCCUCUCCGCAUCUCCCGGGUGUACUGUACAGGUGUAGACUACAGCUCAGCACAGCUCAGCAGUCUACUAAGUCGGGCCCUUUCUGUCGGUCGUCGUAGGGGGAGAGGCAGGGAAAGGAACUCUCUGUUGUUGUUAUACUGGACGGCUAGAGUACUCCGGCAUCGGUUGGGAAGUUUUGUUCAGUAUUUAAGCGGCCGCGUUCCGGCGAAGGUCAGCAGUUGCCGAACGUACUACGGACAAAGGAUCCAGCUGCCGUCGUCGCCUUCUCUCAGGAAUUCAGGAUUUGGACACAGUCCCUUCUGUUAAUCAACAACAGCAAUGGAUCGUUGAUCGUCGACAGGAUCGCGUGUCAUUCGUGUGUGAAUUAAUAACUCUAGAGUAGUUGGUUCGAAUCAAACCCCCAUCUAGUUGAAAGUAAAUUUAGCAUUCGCGAAAGUUACGUGACCCUCAGAGCGGGAGCCAACGAUGAAUAGCCAGCGGAGAUUGGUGCUAAGUGGGCUUUUGUGUGUCCUAAUCUGUGAUAUAGGCGGAGUGAUCGGCGGGGUGUUUCGAUCGCCCAACAGUGACGACGCCCUCUUCUGGCGGCAGCAGGCCGAAUCCUACCUGAAGCGGAUCCUCCAGUAUGAACCGAAUCGACGCCAGGGCGGGGCUGGCGUUGCGCGGAACGUGAUCAUCUUCGUCGGCGAUGGGAUGGGCAUUGCGUCGCUCAGUACCGGACGGAUCUACAAGGGUCAACUGGCGGGGCGGUCCGGCGAGGAGGAAGUGCUGAGCUUCGAUCACUUUGAGAAUACGGGCUUCUCGAAGACGUACAACACGGACCGGCAGGUACCGGAUUCGGCCGGUACGGCAACGGCCAUGUUCACCGGGGUGAAGACCAAGUACGGGUUCAUCGGGGUGGAUUACUCGGCAACGGCGACGAACGAGGUGGCGGCGAGCGUGUCGAACAUCAUGGAGUGGGCGCAAGCUGCGGGGAAACGAACGGGGAUCGUGACGACCACUAGGGUAACGCAUGCGACUCCGGCGGCUACUUUUGCGCACUCCUUCGACAGGAACUGGGAGUGUGAGGCUAAGAUUCCGGCUAACGUGAGGAACAAAACCAAAGAUAUUGCUCGGCAGCUGGUGGAGAACGCUCCGGGAAAUAAGAUGAACGUGAUCAUGGGUGGCGGAAGGUCUGCCUUCGGUGCGGCCAUUCCGGAGCACUUGAAGACAGCGUUCAAAUUCAAUGGGUCGAUGGAGAAGACCUGCGUCCGAGAGGAUGGCCGUAACUUGGUGAAGGACUGGUUGGUGAGUAAAAACGGGUCGGAGGCGGCUUACGUAUGGAACACGGCCGAACUGAUGAAUGCCGAGGUAGAUGAUCUAGACUACCUCAUGGGGCUGUUCGCUGAUACACACAUGUCGUACGAACGCGUACGGGAUACAAGUGAAGGCGGAGAACCCUCGCUAGCGGACAUGACUGAGAAGGCCAUCAGAGUGCUGAAGCGAAAGCACUCUAACGGAUAUGUGUUGAUGGUUGAAGGCGGAAGAAUCGAUCAUGCUCAUCAUCAAAAUCAUGCACACUUGGCAUUGAGAGAGGUCGUUGAAUUGGAUCGAGCUGUGGAGCGAGCGUUGGGCAUGGUAGACUUGGAUGACACGCUCAUCAUGGUCACGGCUGAUCAUUCGCACUCAAUGACCUUCAAUGGUUACCCGGAUAGGGGCAACGACAUCCUUGGUUUCGCCAACCGUCCGGACAAGCUACCGUACGAAACGAUCACAUACGCGAACGGUCCGGGCUUCCAAACGCAUCGCAUCAACGACAGUUCCGACCAGCCAUCCCACCUGGGCACCUGGAUUCCGGUGGAAACCAUGAACCGAUCUGCCAUGGAUUAUCGCCACAUGUCGGCAUUCUAUAUUGGAGACGAAACGCACGGCGGGGAAGAUGUGGCCGUGUUUGCCAUCGGACCGGGAUCCAGUCUGGUUCGGGGAACGUUUGAGCAGAACUACAUUGCCUACGUGAUGAGCUAUGCCGGGUGCAUGGGACCGGCCAAGCGGUUUAAUGCAGAAUGCUUUAGCAAAGCACGGGUGCCAUCGGGUGCGACGGAUACCGUCAGUAGUGCGUCCUCUCAGUUGUUGAUCAGUAUUGUAUUUUUAGCGGUAGCGAAGCUGUGCUACCUUUUCUAAUCUAAAUGUUAGCCAAAUCUUAGCUAGUUCUAGAUGCGUUAAGCAUUCAAAUCUGUAAAUACUUCAAUAGGGAAAUUAUUGUUGAAAAUUG